ACCGAAAGCGCAAACGCAUUCAUUAAAAAAAACAAUAAACAGAGAUAGCACGAGAGUCCACGUGCAAGGGGAAGAAAGAAUCAAAAUUCCAAAUAACAAAACUAUGGCAAAAGACAAUGAAGGCGAUGCUUAGUGUCGAAAGCAAGAAAACCUUCUGCAGUAGAUGAGCCCAGCCACUUCCAUUAUUCACACUAGGCUUUUUUUCAGUACUUUUCUUUUCUGUUUCAUUCUAUCCCCCACCCACCCACUCACUCAUCAUCAAUAAUCUCUUCCAGAAUGUAACAAAUUUUCAUUCCAACGCAUAACGCACUCUUCUCCUACUACUUCAUUUCAACUCAUUUGAUUUGAUUUAAUUAAUUUAUUGUUUGUUUACCAUUAAUAUUUAAUAUUAUAAAUAAAAAUAUUAAUGAUAUGAUGAUGAAUCGAAGAUGAAAUUAUUUGGUAUCUCCUCCCAUUCUACUCUGUUCAGAGGGGGAGAAAAGAUGGCAUUUCAGCGGCGGCGCCACCACUUCUACCAACGCUUCCGUCUUAUGAUUCCGAUGAUUUCUGCCGUCGCUGCCGCUCUACUCUUUCUCUUCGCUGUGCUUUCUUUCCUAGCUCCUUCUCCCAUCGAAUCCGAUCAAAUGCACCGGAGACGCCACUACACCGCGUUUAACGGUAAAGCGAAUGAUGCGAUUGGAAAACCUGUGUUUCACGUUCCGAAAGAUGGAGGAAAGAUGAGUCACGAUGUGUGGAGUUCUAGAAAUUCGGAGCACUUCUAUGGCUGCAGCAAUGCCAGCAGCAAGUUUCCAAAAGCUCAUGUGACUACGAGGCCUAAUCGGUAUUUGUUGAUUGCAACUAGUGGAGGCUUGAAUCAACAAAGAACUGGGAUUACAGAUGCUGUUGUUGUUGCGCGAAUUUUGAAUGCUACUCUGGUUGUUCCAAAAUUGGAUCAACGAUCUUACUGGAAAGAUUCUAGUAACUUCUCAGAGAUCUUCGAUGUUAAUUGGUUUACCUCAUAUUUAUCAAAUGAUGUCAAAAUUAUCAAGCAACUCCCAAGUAUUACUAAGGGUAGGAAAGCAUUAUCUGCAUACAACAUGCGUGUUCCCAGGAAAUGUAACGAGAGAUGUUACAUAAAUCGUAUACUGCCUGUACUCGUGAAAAAGCGUGCUGUUCAACUCAACAAGUUUGACUACAGGCUUGCAAACAGGUUGGAUACUGAGUAUCAGAAGUUGAGAUGCAGAGUUAAUUACCAAGCUCUAAGAUUUACUGAUCCAAUACAAGAAAUGGGUGAAAAAUUGGUCAAGCGGGUGAGGAUGAGAAAGAAGCAUUACAUUGCAUUGCAUUUGAGAUUUGAACCUGAUAUGCUUGCAUUUUCUGGAUGUGACUAUGGUGGAGGAGAGAAGGAGCAGAAAGAACUGAGCACAAUAAGGAGGAGAUGGAAAACACUACAUAAAAGCAAUCCUGAUAGGGCCAGGAGGCAGGGGAGAUGCCCGUUAACCCCAGAAGAAGUUGGUCUAAUGCUAAGAGCAUUGGGAUAUGGUUCUGAUGUUCAUAUUUAUGUUGCAUCUGGAGAAGUAUAUGGAGGGGAAAAAACAUUGGCACCUCUCAAAGCAUUAUUUCCUAAUUACCAUUCAAAAGAAACCAUUACUACCAAGGAAGAACUAGAACCAUUUUCUUCGUUUUCUUCUCGCAUGGCUGCACUUGAUUUUAUUGUUUGUGAUGAAAGCGAUGUGUUUGUCACCAAUAACAAUGGUAACAUGGCUAAAAUAUUAGCUGGACGAAGGAGAUACUUUGGGCACAAACCAACCAUUCGUCCUAAUGCUAAAAAACUCUACAGAUUAUUCUUGAACAGAAGUAAUUUGACUUGGGAUGUUUUUGCUUCUAGUGUCCGAACUUUCCAGAAAGGAUUCAUGGGUGAGCCAAAAGAGCUUAGACCUGGUAGAGGCGGGUUUCAUGAAAAUCCAUCUACAUGCAUAUGUGAAGAUUCUGUGGCCAAAGCGGCCAAAAAUUCUGGACCUAGAAAAUUUUCAAACAAGAAAGCGAGUGAAGUGGAUGUUGAUGAUAAUGAUAAUGAUGAUGAUGAUAACGAUAAUGAUAAUGAUGAUGAUGACCAGAAUGAUCUUACAGAUAAAGAUAUGUUCAAUGAAACAAUGUCAGACUAUGAAACUCUGAACUUUGAGGAUCCAGAGUUGGAGGAAAUUAUAUCAGACUAGUGAAGCUGCAGUAUUCAGCGGUGGCAGAUAUAUCUGCUGACUCUUUUUGUCAUAACUUCUUAAGCAGCAGCUGCUUGUUUGAAAGUUGCUAAUAAAGCCUACAUACCGGAAACAGAAAAAAAAACAUAUUUUUCAAUACAGGCUGAGCUGAACUUGAAGUGGCUAGUAUGAAGACAUCUUGAAAAUUUAAUCAUAGGAACAAUUUGUGCAUUUUUAAGAGCAUCAUGGCCUCGAUUUGAUGCUGAAUUUUGUUGGUGUUUGGACUUAUAAAUAUCUGGAAAGAGGGGUUGAUCAGAGUUGAGUAUUGAGUGGAAUGGAAUGACCGCCGUUCGACUUUUAGCUGCAUACAUCAUUGAGUUUGUUAGGAAGUAGGAAAAUCUGUAUAUUUUCGUUGAGAAUUUGUUGGACAUAUACUUUCGUGCAUAUCUAUUUUGACAUUGACACUGUCAAUUUACUUACAGAAGCAACAGGAUACCAACUUAA